GUGGCGGAAGUGGAGAUCCUGACGUGCCGGCCAUGAGUAGAGUGGCGGCGGUCGCAGGUCUGGUGGGCUACAGCAGCUCCGACUCGGAAGAUGAGAGCGCAUCCUCGGGAGUGCAAGGGGAAGGCGGCGAGGCCGGCGGCGCAAGCUCGGUGGAGGGACGUCAAGGCCGCCGCUCUCCCGGCGACAGCUCAACAGCUCCUCGCCUUCCUGUGCCAGACAGCGUGCUAAGUAUGUUCAGAGAUCAGGAGGAGGCAGAGACAGUGGUGGACGACAGCAGCAAGCAUGGAGGCCGCCUGCGGACCUUUCCCCAUGAGCGAGGCAACUGGGCAACACAUGUCUACGUGCCUUAUGAGGCUCAGGAGGACUUCCUCGACCUGCUCCAGCUCAUCCUCCUGCGUGCACGUGCAUCCGUGCCAUCGUUGACGGCUAUGGCAGAGUUCCACAUCAGCCUUUCUCAGGGUGUGAUCCUGCGCCACCACUGGAUAAGCCCUGUUGUCCAGUCCCUCAAGGAACACCUGGCUUCCUUCCCCCGGUUCACCUGUAGAGCAGAUCGGGUGAAGAUUUACACCAAUGAUCCCAAAAGCAGGACCUUCAUUGGCUUGGAGGUAACUUCUGGGCAUUCUCAGCUCUUGGAGUUGGUUUCUGAAGUGGACAGAGUUAUGGAGGAAUUCAGUCUCCCUUCUUUCUACAAGAAUCCCUCAUUCCAUCUCAGCCUCGCGUGGUGUGUUGGAAACCUUUCUGAAGAACUUGAAAGUUGUCUUCAGGAGUUGCAGGAGAUUGUGAAUAGGUUUGAGGACUCUUCAUACCUUGUGCGAAUCCCUGGGGCCGAAGUCCGUUGCAAGUCUGGCAAGAAGAUCUUCUCCUUCCCUUUACGGUAGGAGCUGGGAGAAUAAUCCGCAGCAGCCGCCAGCUGAGGAUGGACCUUACCUACUUUUUCGCCAGGACACAAUGAAUGGUCAGAAGCCACAAAUGAUAUUCGUGGCUCAGCAGUAAGAUGGUGGUAGCCCCUUGCCCCCACUGCUCAUUGUUAAGCAUCUUGCAAGUGAUGGGCCUAAGGUGAAGGGUCCAGUGCUACAAAAGAAUGCAGAGGAUACAUUAACAGCCACAGCUUCGUGCCAGGAUGAUUAUUGAGGGAGUUGUGACAUGCAAAAGUGCCAUUCAGUUUGAGGGCCAGUUGAAAACGAUGCUCAGUUUGAAGUGGACAACAGCUGAGUAGAAUCUCUCCUGAUCUGGAGGACAACAGAAAUUACCCAUUAGAAGUUUGAGAGGAUUCCUGCCUGCCCCUAAAGCUGAUGUCACAAGAGGCAUUUUGCUCGAAAGCAUCCUUGCUGGUUGAGAGCAUGAAGCCUCCUGGCUGUCGGACUGAGCUGUUAGCUAAAAAUGAAUCAAAUGAGAAACAGAAGUACAGAUUC